AUGACUUCAAACGCAAAAGAACAGCGACUUCAAGAUGAAUUGUUCAAUGAACGCGCUCGAUUUCUUAAAGAAUUCCUGGAGGCUAACGACAGAGAUUACGAAAUCAAGUACAAAAGCGAGCUAUUACGUUUACUACGAAAUGGAGAAAACCGACUAAUUGUCAGUCUAAAUGAUCUACAUUCUCCUAACGAAUGGAUACUCGCGCUUGAAAAGGCGAUCAAAGAUGUUGCCCUAAGCUUAAAUGAUCCUAUAAUUAACAAAAUCGAAGACUUACACAUACACGCGGGUUUUACGGGAAAUUUUCGUUAUCAUAUUAAUCCGGGAACAUUAAAAUCUAUACAUAUAGGAAAAUUGAUUUGCAUAGAGGGGAUCGUUUCGCGAUGUUCUCUUGUUCGAUUAAAAUUAUCUAAAAGUGUUCAUUUUUGUGAAAAAACUGGUGUAUUUUAUUACAAAGAAUAUCAAGAUUCCACUACUAUUGGAAAUCACUUACCAUCGGCAUCAGGGUAUCCCACAGAAGACGAGAAUGGUAAUCCACUGACAACUGAGUUUGGUUAUUCAACAUAUAAAGAUCAUCAGACUAUCUGUCUUCAGGAAAUGCCUGAAAAGGCUCAGACUGGUCAUUUGCUUAGAUCAGUUGAUAUUAUAUUGGAUGAUGACUUGGUCGACAAAGUGAAACCUGGUGAUCGUAUACAAUUAGCAGGUUGUUAUAAAGCUAUUGGCAAACCAAAUCAAGCAACGACUUCUGCGACAUUUAAAACCAUCAUUAUUGCAACCAAUAUCACCGUCUUAUCUGGAGAUGUCGGUCGAAAAAUAAUCACGGAAGAAGAUAUUAAAAAUAUAAAAAAAGUUUCAAAAACUAAAGAUGUAUUUGAACUAUUAGCGAGAUCUUUAGCUCCAUCAAUUUAUGGUCAUGAAAUUAUAAAAAAAGCAAUUUUACUUAUGUUAUUAGGUGGCAAAGAGCAAAACUUGCCUAGUGGUACUCAUAUUCGUGGUGAUAUUAAUAUUUUGAUGGUUGGAGAUCCAUCUACGGCGAAAUCUCAGCUUCUUCGACGUGUACUUAAUAUUGCACCUUUAGCUAUUGCGACUACUGGUCGUGGAUCAUCAGGUGUCGGCUUGACAGCUGCCGUUUCACGGGAUAAAGAAACCGGUGAAAGAUGUCUUGAUGCCGGCGCAAUGGUUCUCGGUGACCGCGGUGUUGUUUGUAUUGAUGAAUUUGAUAAAAUGACUGACAAUGAUCGCGUUGCAAUUCACGAAGUAAUGGAACAACAAACUGUAACCAUCGCCAAAGCUGGCAUCCAUACGUCUUUAAAUGCCCGGUGUAGUGUGAUAGCUGCUGCUAAUCCUGUGUACGGGCAGUAUGAUGUUCAUAAAGAUCCUGCACACAAUAUCGCUCUUCCGGACUCGUUGUUAUCUCGUUUUGAUCUUGUCUUUGUUGUUACGGAUGAAAUAAAUGAUAUCCGAGAUCGCAGAAUUUCACAACAUGUUUUACGUUUACAUCAGUAUCGACCACGUAAUCUCGAAGAAGGUGUACCGAUUAAGGACGAUUCCAGGCAAACCAUUUUCAUGGAACAAACUGAUAGGACAGUGGCACCGACUUCAAUUUAUCAGCAUGAUCCACAAUCAAUUGAAGACGAGUCUGAUUCGGAAGAGUCUGAAAUUCUUUCUUCGGAAUUUCUUCAAAAAUAUAUUCAAUAUGCUAAAAAUUGCGUGACACCUAGAGUGACCAGAGAAGCUGCAGGUUAUAUUUGUAACUCAUGGGUUGAACUUCGUAAUGCUGAGACUAAUAGAGGAGAAUCGAAAACAUCACCGAUGACGCCGCGUGCUUUAGAUUCACUUUUCCGUCUCGCUACUGCACAUGCUAAAGCACGUCUUGCAAAGACGGUAAAAAAAGAUGAUGCAGAAGCUGCCGAAGCGAUCAUUAAAUUUGCUUUAUUUAAAGAAGUCAAAGCUAAGGAUAGAAAUAAAAGACCCGGACCAUCAUCUCGUAAUGAGCUAAUGAGGACUGACGACUAUAAUGAAGCCGGACCAUCAUCUCGUAAUGAGCCAAUGAGGGCUGAUA